CCACAUGCAACAUCCGGUGAAAAAGUAAACAGCCGGAGAUUGAAAAGAUGACGGAAAACGCUGAAAGUUAAAAAUGGCAACGUCUGUAUCUGUCAAAGAAGAACCAGAUGAAGCUAUAGAUUUGGAAACAAGAUUUAUUGAGCUCUGUCAGACGUAUACAGAUGGGAUAACAGAUGAAAUUAUACAACAGGAAUUUCCACAGUGUAAUGCCAAGCAGCGGGUUACUGCCAUCAAUAGACUACUGUCAACGGGAAAAGUUGAUUUGUUGAAGCGAGGCACUAAACUGGUGUAUAAACUAAAAGAUCCGGAUGCUGCCAGUCAAGCAAAAGGGUCUGACAACCAAGAGAAGUUGGUCUAUCAGAUUAUAAAGGAUGCUGGCAACAAAGGUAUUUGGAUUAGGGACAUCAGAUACAAGUGCAACCUUCUGUUAACACAAGUCAACAAGAUACUGAAAAAUUUAGAGAGCAAGAAAUUGAUAAAAGCUGUAAAGUCUGUGGCGGCCUCGAAGAAGAAAGUCUACAUGUUAUACAACUUGGAGCCAGACCGGACAGUGACUGGAGGAGCCUGGUAUAGUGACCAAGACUUCGAGUCAGAAUUUGUAGAGGUUCUUAAUCAACAGUGCUUCAAAUAUUUGGAACAGAAGGCUGCCAUCGCCAGGGAGAACCAGGUAGACCCAAUAGCACAGAGGAAUGCAGCCUUUACUUCAUUAUCUGAUGUCUGGAAAUAUAUCUCAGAGCUAGGCAUUAGUAAGGUUCAGCUAUCUGUGGAUGAUAUUGAAACAAUCAUGGAUACCCUUAUAUAUGAUGGGAAAGUGGAACGAUCUGUGACAGCAUCAUCUAGUACAGGAGAGGCCAGUUCCAAGCUGUACCGUGCAAUAAAACCACUUGUACCUACCACUGGGCUUAUGAGGAUGCCCUGCGGAUCUUGUCCUGUAUUUGACCAGUGCUGUGAAGGAGGUCCAGUGUCACCAACAAAUUGUGUUUACAUGAAGGAAUGGCUCGAGUACUGACUAAGGACUGAACUUAUAACAUAACCUUAAUGUGGGGAUCAAUUCUCAACUUGUCAAUUGCUCAGGGGUCAGUGUCUAGGUCAGAUGUUCCACCAACAAAUAGAAUAAAAAUAGUAGGUGGCAAUAAGAGGAUGGAAGAAUCAGUUGGGGACAAUGUCCACAUAUGGAAAUAUCAGUGGCAUACAUAGGAACAUCAGUCAGAGGAGUAUGUGCUCUCUCAUGUAACAGAAAUGAAGAGUGAUUUUUCUGUUUACACAGAUACAAGGUCUCCCUUGUGAAGUGGAUAUUUGAGCACACCUUGAUGAAAGAAGCAGGUUUUGUUUUUAACUAUUAAGAUUAAUGUGCUUUGUGAUAUCAAAAGAGAUAUUGAUGCAUAAUGUGUUGAUAACAAACUAUCGUGGAUAAUCUUACUAAUUAAACUAAAUAAAUUUUGAAACAACCCAUGGCUGACACAA